AUGAUUGGUCUUCCAAUUGAUGGUAAUAAACAAUCUCGAUUCAGUAGGAAAACCUACUUUAUGGGAUUUGCUAUAAUAUUAGUAUUGAUUACAUUUUUAACUAAUUAUUUAAAAAUUAGAUUUAGUCCAACUCCUGUAAAUGUUGAUUUAUGUCCAAUUCAUGAACCAAUAUCUCCAGACUCAUUCAAUAAAGAUAAUUCAACUGUUUUGAAAAUCUUACACGAUAAAGCGUAUAGAAAUGAAUCAGUUGAAAGAUUAGCUGGGGCAAUUCAAAUCGAUACUCAAAUCUUUGAUCAUCAACCAGACGUAGAUGAAGCUCCUGAGAUUUGGAUCAAAUUUCAAAAGUUUCAUGAUUAUUUAAAUAAAACAUUCCCAUUGGUUUAUAAGCAUUUAGAAAUCCAAAAAGUAAAUACUUAUGGAUUGGUAUAUAUUUAUAAAGGAUCUCAAGAAUCUUUAAAACCAGUUUUAUUAGCCGCCCAUCAAGAUACUGUCCCAGUUCAAAAAGAUACAAUUGCUAAUUGGUCCUAUCCUCCAUUAUCCGGUCAUUAUGAUGGUGAUUAUAUCUAUGGAAGAGGUGCUGCUGAUUGUAAAAAUGUUUUAAUUGCAAUUUUGGAAACUUUUGAAAUCUUAUUAUCCCAGAAAUAUAAACCUAAUAGAACAAUUAUUGCUGCUUUUGGCUUCGAUGAAGAAUCUAGUGGAUUGCAUGGUGCUCGCCAUAUUGGUGAAUAUUUAGAAGAUAGAUUUGGAAAGGAUUCUAUCUAUGCCGUAAUUGAUGAAGGUCCAGGGAUAACCAUUGAUAGUAUGACAAAAACAAUUUUCGCAAUUCCAGGAACUGGUGAAAAGGGAUAUGUUGACAUCAUUACUGAAUUAACUACUCCUGGUGGACAUUCAAGUAUUCCACCUGAUCAUACUUCGAUCGGAAUAAUGGCAGAAUUGGCUUAUCUUAUUGAAUCUGAUCCGUAUAGUCCAAUUCUUACCGAUAAGAACCCAACCUUGAAUUAUUAUCAAUGUUUGGCACUUCAUGAUCCUCAUCGUAAUAUUCCAAGAAAUUUGAAGGGGAUAAUCUUACGUGCUGGGGUUGAUAGACAUGCAAAUGCAAGAUUAUUAUCGUAUAUUCAACAAAAUCCAUUAACGAGAUAUUUAGUGAGAACUUCACAAGCAUUAGAUAUAAUUCUGGGAGGUGAAAAGGCAAAUGCCUUACCUGAACACGUUAGUUUAUUAACUAAUCAUAGAAUUGCAAUUGAAAGUAAUUUAGAUUUAGUUAGGGAUCAUUUCAUUUCUCGAGUCAUUGAUCUUGCUGAUAAACAUCGUUUAUCAAUCAGACAGAAUGGGAAAUUUAUAUAUGAAGUCCCUGAUCCAGCUGGGGUUUUUGAUAUUACUGAACUGUCAGCCUUGGAACCUGCUCCUUCUACACCUACUAAUGAUAAUGUGUGGAAAUAUUUGGCCGGAGUUACUAGACAUGUAUUUGAAGAAUUAGUUUUCACGGAUCUUGACUAUCCUAUUGUCAUGUCACCGGCCAUCAUGACGGGAAACACUGAUACGAAAUAUUAUUGGGGAUUGAGUAAAAAUAUCUUUAGAUAUUCUCCAUAUUUUGUUGCUAAUUUGUUGAAUGAUACUAAUGCUCAUAGGGUGGAUGAGAAGUUGAUUUUUGAUGGACAUUUGCAGUUACAAGCUUUCUUUUAUGAAUAUGUCCAAGCUAUUGAUUCUGAGAAAGCAGAUAACGAGUGA